AUGCGGCUCCCAUCAUUCUACGCGGCCGCUCUGACGGCGGCCGUCGUGGUCUACGCCGAAGAAGCCAGCACGACGGCGCCCGUCCCCGCCUGCACCGCCGUUUCCUCGACCAGCAACGGCGCAUUCUUCGACCUGCGCCCCGACGUUGCGCAGCAGGCGGCCGGCAAGGCGGCGCGGCGCUCCAUCACCAAGGAUUACCACGCGCGUGGGUAUGACUACGGCAAAAACUUUACCAUCAAUAUCUGCGCGCCCGUCGUGGCGCCCGUCAAGGACGUGGUCGGCGUGUCCAAGGCCCUCUGGAGUAACGUCAGCGCAUACUACACAUACAAGGAUAAAGUAUACUCGAUAGGCUCCUCCUCGCUUGAUCUGCGCAGCCGCGGCCGCAAGUUGGUGCUAUCGUACGGCGACGGCUCGCCGUGUGAGCCCACGUCCAACAAGAGUGCGCGCGACCAAAAGCCCGCGACCGGCGACAAGGGCAAGGGCGGCUCGUCCGCGCGGCGCAAGUCGACCGUCAUCUCGUUCCUCUGCGACCGCGACUCCGGCAGCUCGCAGGCGGCCUUUUCCUUUGUCGGCACCGACCCCGACGAGUGCGCCUACUUCUUCGAGGCCCGCUCGACGCACGCCUGCGCGCAGGCCGAGCCGCACAAGCGCGGCAACGUCGGCCCGGGGAGCGUCUUUGGCCUCAUCUUCGUCAUCGCCGUCCUCGUUUACGUCAUCGGCGGCGUCUGCUACAAUCGCACCGUCGCCCACGCCCGCGGCUGGCGUCAGCUUCCCAACUACAGCCUCUGGGCCGGUAUUGGGAGCUUUGUCACUGACAUGUUUGUCAUCCUAACUUCAUCGUGUGCCCGUUUCCUGCCGAGCAGGCGCGGGUACCGGAACGUCAACCAGAGCUUCCACAACAAUAGAAACUCGGACGCCGAGAACCGAUUGAUAGAUCAACUCGACGAGGAAUGGGACGAUUGA